AUUUAUUUCAUCUUGUGUAAAAAGAAACAAGACCUGUAGAUUCUGAUAAUAACUCUGCUACAAUUCACUUCUUGACAGCAAUUUAUUAAACAACCCUUUCAAGAUGAUGAACAGUAUUAAUAAAAUUUCGCAAGAAAUCCUUGCGAAAUUACCUCUCUUUAGACUGAAAGACCUCAUUAGAGCAGUAAGGGCCUGCAAGACUGCAGCUGAAGAAAGAGCAGUAAUUCAAAAAGAAAGUGCCAACAUUAGAACAGCUUUCAAAAGUGAAAAUCCUGAUACACGCCAUACCAAUGUUGCAAAAUUACUCUAUAUUCACAUGCUCGGUUAUCCUGCGCACUUUGGUCAAAUGGAGUGCUUAAAAUUAGUUGCAAGUCCUAAGUAUGCUGAUAAACGAUUGGGUUACUUGGGCAUUAUGCUUCUCAUUGACGAAAAGACAGAAGUGUUGACCUUGGUGACAAAUAGUUUAAAAAAUGACUUGAACCACAGUAAUAUGUUUGUAGUCGGUUUAGCAUUAUGUACAAUGGGAAACAUUUCCUCUUCAGAAAUGGCUCGUGAUUUAUGCUCAGAGGUAGAAAAGUUGAUGGGAAGCUCAAAUACAUAUAUUCGUAAAAAGGCGGCUCUAUGUGCCUUACGUAUCAUUUCUAGAGUACCAGAGCUACACGAAAACUUUUUAUCUAAAGCAAAGUCUCUGUUAAAUGACCGUAGUCAUGGUGUACUUAUCACCGGUAUCACCUUGGUAACAGAGAUAUGCCAACAGAAUCCGGAAAUAAUCCCUACAUUCAGAAAGGCUGUUCCUUUACUUGUCAGACAUCUCAAAAACCUCACCAGUGCUGGAUUUUCUCCAGAGCAUGAUGUUACAGGUGUUACCGACCCUUUCCUUCAAAUCAAGAUACUCCGCUUACUACGUAUACUCGCUAAAGGCGAUCGUGAAGCAUCCGAAGCGAUGAAUGAUAUCCUUGCCCAGGUUGCAACAAACACGGAAAACACGAAAAAUGUGGGCAAUUCGAUUCUCUAUGAAACCGUGUUGACUAUUAUGAAUAUUGAAAGUGAAGCUGGUUUGCGUGUAUUGGCGAUCAAUAUUCUAGGAAAGUUCUUGAGCAAUAGAGAUAAUAACAUCAGAUAUGUCGCAUUGGAGACACUAAACAAGACGGUCGGCAUAGAAACACAAGCGGUUCAAAGACAUCGUAAUAUCAUUCUUGAUUGUCUUCGAGACGGUGAUAUAUCCAUCCGUCGUCGUGCUUUGGAAUUGAGCUUUGCGCUGAUCAAUGAAGGAAAUGUGCGGGUAUUGACACGUGAGUUGCUCGCUUUCUUGGAAGUAGCCGAUACGGAAUUCAAACAAGGAAUGACAACAAAGAUUGCACUUGCUGCAGAUAGAUUUGCUCCCAAUAAGCGCUGGCACAUUGAUACAAUGCUUCGCAUGCUUAAAUUAGCUGGAAACUAUGUUCGUGAAGAAGUCCUUGCUGGCUUUAUUAGUCUUAUUGCCAGUUCGAGUGAUCUGCAGCAAUACACUGUCCAGAAGCUGUAUGCAGCAUUGAAGCAGGACAUUUCCCAAGAAGGUUUGGUAUUAGCAGGUGUUUGGGUUAUUGGUGAAUAUGGUGAUGUGCUCGUCAGCAGCGGCGCGUUUGAAGAAGAAGAAGGCGUGGUCAUUGAUGUAUCUGACAGCUUAGUCAUCGGAUUGCUCCAAUCCAUUCUUUUAGGACCUUAUGCCAAUCAAGUAACACGUGAGUAUGUGACAACUGCUCUAAUGAAACUGUCAUCUCGUCUGUCAGAUGCAAGUGCCCAGUCCAAGAUCAAAGAAUUACUUAAUCAGUACACUGUCAGCAUGGAAGCUGAAAUACAGCAACGUGCUGUUGAAUAUACCAACCUGUUCUCAUAUGACUCUAUUCGACCCGCCAUUUUGGAACGUAUGCCUGUUCCCGAACCUCGUACUAUUAUCGCAAACAACUCUACUUCGGACAACACUCAUACUGGACACACCGCGUCUUCUGGCAAGGCUAACGGUCCUUCAGAUCAAGACCUACUUUUGGACCUUAUGGGUGUUGGAACAAGCGGAGGUAGUGAUAUAGGUGGUGGUGAUAGCUCUGAUAUUAUGGUGCAAAGUCCUACCGCGACCAUGUCGCCUCAGCAACCCAAGGCCUCUAAUGCAGACUUGCUAGCUGACCUCUUUGGAGGUUCUUCUUCUGUUGCACCUACUACUACUAUUACUACAAGUGCAACAUCACCAAGUAUGAAUAAUGACUUGAUGAAUCUCUUGGGACAUAGUCAAGCACAGACACCAAAGCCUACACAGCCUCCUGUAGAUCCCUUGGAAGCCCUGGGUCAAUCCUUCUCAAUAACCACAUCAUCUAGCCCUGCUAAUGAUUCUGUUAAAGGUUAUGAGGCCUACUCAAAGAACGGACUUACCAUUCGUCUUGUGCCCUCUAAAGAUCGUACAAAUCCAGCUAUUAUUAAUAUACAAGCCUUAUUCAUAAACAAUGGACAAGCAACUAUCAGUAACCUACAGUUCCAAGCUGCCGUACCCAAGAGCCAACGUUUACAGAUGAAUGCAGCCACAAGUAAUAUGGUUCAACCUAAUGGUACAGAAAAGCAACUAAUGCGAGUAAACAAUCCACAACAGGUUAAACUUCGAUUACGUAUAUCUUAUGAUGUAGCAGGAGAAAGGAUAGAUGAUAUUGCACAAUAUGGACCAUUCCCUGAAGGUGCAUUCUAAAUGACAUAAAAAAAGGGCAGACUAAUGAUAUAUAUUGUACUUUUGUGCUAUUAAAUAUUUUGUAUUUACAACCUAUGCUUUGUUAUGUGUAAUGAUUUAUUGAAGAUGACGCCUAAUGCACUUGGGCCAUAGUGUUGUUGAUUUUGUAUUCAUCUUUUUAGAAAUGUUUUCUUUAUUUAAUAA